UUCUAGAGAAAGAGAACGUCGAGAUAAAAUUUGUUAUUACUACAAUGGCGAAAAAAUUGAAGUCCGUUCUCAUGGUUUGCAUGCUUCAUUAAUUGAUUUCAACAAUUCUCGGAUGACAGAUGAUGUUACAAAACAGUCUGUUUUUGUUAAAUUUGCUGUUACGCCAUAUAAAGAAGGAGAUGAUUAUCAAUACAAAAUUUACCCGAUGAUGAAAGAACUAAAUGAGGAUGUUUGGUCAACCUUCCAUCGCAAAACAAAUCAUUAUUGGCUACAUUACCUUUAUGACAAAUUAUUCAAAGACAGACGUUUUACACUGAAAGAACGAGAAGGUUUCGAAAAGAUUUUUGGUCGUUUAGUAUUAAAGACAGAAGAAGGAGGAUUUGCAACAACUAAAGAUUUUUUGAAUAAUGAAGAAGUUAGAGAAAUAUUUGGUCGUUACGUUUUUUGA